CUUUAUCAGCUUAUAUAGUAGUAGUACCCGGCACUAGCCACUUCACAUAGAAAACCUUCGGUAAAUUGUAGUAGGUACGUUUAUGUGUCUGCAUUCGAAAACGCCAACAACUGGUCUGCACUUUUCGUCGGCGCAGUUAUCACUUCAACCGCAACCGAAGUAACUGAGCAAAUAACCAACAAGCAUUUGUUUACCGUGUACUAUAAAAUAGCGCAAGAGAAGCGUACGUGUUUAGUACACAAUGGCCGCCGUACCAACAGUUAAGCUGAACAAUGGAGUGCAAAUUCCAAUUUUGGGACUGGGCACGUGGCAGUCCCCCGAAAGCGAGGUGAAGCAAGCCGUUAUGGAUGCGAUCGACAUCGGCUACAGGCACUUCGACUGCGCGCACAUUUACGAGAAUCAAAAGGCGAUCGGUGAGGCGAUUUCCGCCAAAAUUUCGCAAGGUGUCGUGAAGCGCAGCGAUCUCUUUAUAACGAGCAAGUUGUGGAACACCUUUCAUCGACCAGGAAGUGUCGAACCCAUCCUCCGAUCCACUCUUAAGGAGAUGAAUUUGGAAUACUUCGAUUUGUAUCUGAUUCAUUGGCCCUUUGGAUUUAAGGAGGGAGAUACUUUGUAUCCGGCCGGACCGGAUGGAUUCGAAUACUCUGACUACGAUUACACGGAAACGUGGGCCGCAAUGGAGGAGGUUCACAAGAAGGGAUUGGCGAGGGCGAUCGGGGUCAGCAACUUUAACAAGCAUCAAAUCGAGCGAGUACUCGCCGUUUGUACCAUCACUCCGGCGAUGAAUCAGGUGGAAUGCCACCCCUAUUUCAAUCAGAAGAAGUUGAAGGAGUUCUGCGAGUCUAAAACAAUUACCAUCACGGCUUACAGUCCUCUCGGAUCUCCAGGUAUCCAAACGGAUGGCAAACGAAAGAGUCUCCUCAACGACCCGGUACUGAAAGACAUCGGAACGAAAUAUCACAAGACGGCCGCACAAAUUGCGAUACGAUAUCAGAUGGAAAGGGGGAUCGUCGUCAUACCAAAAUCAGUGCACAAAAAGCGAUUAAUUGAGAAUUUCUCCGUUCUGGAUUUUUCCCUCUCUUCUGAAGACAUUGCGAAAAUCGACGCCUUAGGAACGGACCAACGAGUGGUUACCUUCGACGAAGUUCGAAGUCAUAGGUUUUAUCCAUUCUCCGAUGAUUAUUAGAUGAAUGCUGAUGCAUCAAAGUGCAAAUCUCUGUACACGUUCUCGCAUUAAAAAUGUACAACAAUGAA